AAGCAUUUGUAGAUGCUUGUAUUCAAAUCUCCAUACCGAUUGCAUUUGUUGUAUAUAGAGAAAGAAGAAGAAAGUUUGGAUAUGAAUGCUAGCCUAUAUAAAGAAACUUUGAACAAAAAGACGGAAGAGGAAGGAAGAAGAAGAUGUAGGUGUUUACUGGGAGCAAUGGCUGACUGUUUUGAACGGGUAACAACCCAUUUUCCAGAAGACAAGAGGAGAUCAAUUGGGUGCAGAAUAUGUAUGCUGCAUAGGAUCGAUCGAAGCUGAUGAAUUAGCCUUUCUCCCUCCAUGCAAAUUGCAAUCCUUUUCAUGGUAUGUACAAGUAGAAACCCUUUUUCUUAUAACAGUGCUCACUUCCUCUUGUCAUAUAUAUAUAUAUAUAUUUGGCUCCCUGAU